GCAGGGGUAGGCAAAUUAAAGCGAUCACAGAAAUCCAAGCCAAUUCAUUUCCGUGCCGGAACUCGACUCAAUAUGUUCUGGAAACCAGUUCGGUUUUAGAUAACACGUCGUCGCUGGUCUCAGAUCUGAUCCACUGACGACAUCACUUUCGUCAUUGCCCCGCCGCCAACUGCGACCGCUUCGUACCAUCUCCAAUAUCUCGACACCGACGACGAGCUCCCUUUCGUCAAGAGUACUCAAGACACAACGAUUCCUCUUUUGAACUUAUUGGGAGAAUAUCCAGUAACAGUUAAUGGCGGACGUGAAGCUCAUCGGCGCACCGCUAAGUCCAUACGUGCUACGAGCGAUGAUUGCUCUGAGCCUGAAGAAGGUGGAGUACGAGUUGCUGCAAGAGAAGUUCGGGAGCGAGCUGCUCCUCAAGUCGAAUCCCAUCUACAAGAAGAUCCCCGUCCUCAUCCACCACGACCGCCCCAUCUGCGAGUCGGCCGUCAUCGUGGAGUACAUCGACGAGGUCUGGCCAGAGUCCGGCUGGGGCGCCAUCCUCCCAGCUGACGCCUACCACCGCUCGCUCCACCGCUUCUGGACCUUCUACGUCGAUGACAAGUGGUGCCCGUCGUUGGUCGCCACAGGUAAGGCUGAAACAGAGGAAGCCAAGGCGGAGGCGGUGGAGCAGGUCCGCGCAGGGCUUCUGCUUCUGGAAGAGGCCUUCGUGAAGCUGAGUGAAGGGAAAGCCUUCUUCGGCGGCGAUCGCGUCGCGUAUCUGGACGUCACGUUCGGGUGCUUUGCGAAUUGGAUCAAGGCGGUGGAGCAGUUGGUGAGCGUGGAGCUGUUGGAUGAGGCGACGAUGCCGGCACUGCACGGGUGGGCGGUGAGGUUCGUCGAGCACGAGGCGGUGAAGGAGGUGAUGCCGGACAGCGGGAAGGUGCUCGAGUAUUUGAAGACCCUUCAGUCAAAGGGAAAGAAGGACGCUGCCGACGCCAAGAAUUCAUAACGCUUAGCAAUAUAAACA